ACUCUAGGAGAGCAAGGGCGUCCAGCGGUACCAUGGGCCGUCGGAGCGCGCUAGCCCUUGCCGUGGUCUCAGCCCUGCUGUGCCAGGUCUGGAGCUCUGGCGUAUUUGAGCUGAAGCUGCAGGAGUUCGUCAACAAGAAGGGGCUGCUGGGGAACCGCAACUGCUGCCGCGGGGGCUCUGGCCCGCCGUGCGCCUGCAGGACCUUCUUUCGCGUAUGCCUCAAGCAUUACCAGGCCAGCGUGUCCCCGGAGCCACCCUGCACCUACGGCAGUGCGGUCACGCCAGUGCUGGGUGUCGACUCCUUCAGCCUGCCUGAUGGCGCAGGCAUCGACCCCGCCUUCAGCAACCCCAUCCGAUUCCCCUUCGGAUUCACCUGGCCAGGUACCUUCUCUCUGAUCAUUGAAGCCCUCCACACAGAUUCUCCUGACGACCUCGCAACAGAAAACCCAGAAAGACUCAUCAGCCGCCUGACCACGCAGAGGCACCUCACUGUGGGAGAAGAAUGGUCUCAGGACCUUCACAGUAGCGGCCGCACAGACCUCCGCUACUCUUACCGGUUUGUGUGUGAUGAACACUACUACGGAGAAGGCUGCUCCGUGUUCUGCCGACCGGAUGAUGCCUUUGGCCACUUCACCUGCAGGGAGAGAGGGGAGAAGAUGUGCGACCCUGGCUGGAAAGGCCAGUACUGCACUGACCCCAUUUGUCUGCCAGGCUGUGAUGACCAACAUGGAUAUUGUGACAAACCGGGGGAAUGCAAGUGCAGAGUUGGCUGGCAGGGCCGCUACUGCGAUGAAUGCAUCCGAUACCCAGGCUGUCUCCAUGGUACCUGCCAGCAGCCCUGGCAGUGUAACUGCCAGGAAGGCUGGGGGGGCCUCUUCUGCAACCAGGAUCUGAACUACUGCACUCACCAUAAGCCAUGCAGGAACGGAGCCACCUGCACCAACACGGGCCAGGGGAGCUACACAUGCUCUUGCCGACCCGGGUAUACAGGGGCCGACUGUGAGCUGGAGGUAGACGAGUGUGCUCCCAGCCCCUGCAGGAACGGAGGGGGCUGCACGGAUCUUGAGGACAGCUACUCUUGCACCUGCCCUCCCGGCUUCUACGGCAAGGUCUGUGAGCUGAGCGCCAUGACGUGUGCAGAUGGUCCUUGCUUCAAUGGGGGACGAUGUUCGGAUAACCCCGACGGAGGCUACACCUGCCAUUGCCCUGCGGGCUUCUCUGGCUUCAACUGUGAGAAGAAGAUUGAUCUCUGUAGCUCUUCCCCUUGUUCUAACGGUGCCAAGUGUGUGGACCUGGGCAACUCCUACCUGUGCCGAUGUCAGACUGGCUUCUCCGGGAGGUACUGCGAGGACAAUGUGGAUGACUGUGCCUCUUCUCCCUGUGCAAACGGGGGCACCUGCCGGGACAGUGUGAACGACUUCUCCUGUACCUGCCCACCUGGCUACACAGGCAGGAACUGCAGCGCCCCUGUCAGCAGGUGUGAGCACGCACCCUGUCAUAACGGGGCCACCUGCCACCAGAGGGGCCAACGCUACAUGUGUGAGUGCGCCCAGGGCUAUGGCGGCGCCAACUGCCAGUUCCUGCUCCCUGAGCCACCACCAGACCUCAUAGUGGCGGCCCAGGGCGGGUCCUUCCCCUGGGUGGCUGUGUGUGCCGGGGUGGUACUAGUCCUCCUGCUGCUGCUGGGCUGUGCCGCUGUGGUGGUCUGCGUCCGUCUGAAGCUACAGAAACACCAGCCUCCGCCUGAUCCUUGCGGGGGAGAGACAGAGACCAUGAACAACCUAGCCAAUUGCCAGCGUGAGAAGGAUGUUUCUGUUAGCAUCAUUGGGGCCACACAGAUCAAGAACACCAACAAGAAGGCGGACUUUCAUGGGGACCAUGGUGCUGACAAGAGCAGCUUUAAGGCCCGAUACCCCACUGUGGACUAUAACCUCGUCCGAGACCUCAAGGGAGAUGAAGCCACGGUCAGGGAUGCACACAGCAAACGUGACACCAAGUGCCAGUCACAGGGCUCUGUAGGAGAAGAGAAGAGCACCUCAACGCUCAGGGGUGGGGAGGUUCCCGACAGAAAAAGGCCCGAGUCUGUCUACUCUACUUCAAAGGACACCAAGUACCAGUCGGUGUAUGUUCUAUCUGCAGAAAAGGAUGAGUGUGUUAUAGCGACCGAGGUUUAAGGUGGAAGUGAUGUGGCAAAGUUCCCAUUUCUCUUAAAUAAAAUUCCAAGGAUAUAGCCCCGAGGAAUGCUGCUGAGAGAGGAAAGGGAGAGGAAACCCCAGGGACUGCUGCUGAGAAACAGACUCGGGCGGAGCUGGUUCUCUCGGACUUAGCAGAGGCGCCGGACACUGCCAGCCCAGGCGUUGGCUGCCGCUGUACUGCCUGCUGGAUGUUCCCGUUGCACUAUGGACAGUUGCUUUGAAGAGUAUAUAUUUAAAUGGACGAGUGACUUGAUUCACACAGGAAGCACGCACUGCCGGACAUGUCUAUCUUGGAUUACUAUGAGCCAGUCUUUCCUUGAACUAGAAACACAACUGCCUUUAUUGUCCUUUUUUGAUACUGAAAUGUGUUUUUUU